GUGCAGGUGCAGGGGAGAAAGAGCGGCAGCGGUGGGGACCUCCGGUGGAAACAUGAAGGAACCAGAUGAUCAGGAUACUGAAGGGGGGAAAUCAGAUAGAUCAAAAAGCAGUGGAAAACAGUCUCUUAAAUCAGAAUCAAGAUAUGGUUUUGAAGAUACCACAGAUGAUACAUUCACUGAAGGGGAAGAAUCAUAUUUAGAGGAAGACUCAGAUUUGGAAGACUUGGAAGGAAGUUCAAGUUCACUUCCAUAUGAUUAUGUGGAAAGCAAAAAAGCAUCUCAGGAACCCCCUGGCCUAGAUGCAGAAGAGGCAGAGGAAGAACUUAAGAAGAAAAUAUCAGAGAGCUUCUUUUAUGAUUACAUGGAACUUGCUUCAAUGCCUUUUGUGACUCCAGAUUCGAACAUACCACUGGAUUUUCUUGUACUUAUACAUUCUUUUGGUUAUGACUGCAGAAAGCGAGCCAACCUACAGCUUCUAGACAGCAGUACCCUGAUGUACAUCGCUGGGAACCAACUGAUUCUUCUGAAUUUUAAAACCAAAGAACAGACCUACCUGAGAAGUAGCAGUGGUCAAGGGAUUGGUGUCAUUGGGGUUCAUCCAUAUAAAACUUACUUCACAGUAGCUGAAAAAGGAAGUUUUCCAAAUAUUAUCAUCUAUGAAUAUCCUUCUCUGAAGCCCUACAGAAUCCUUCGAGAUGGAACUGAGAAGGCAUAUGCCUAUGUGGACUUUAACUACAAUGGUACCUUGUUGGCCUCUGUUGGUAGUUCCCCUGAUUACACGCUAACUAUUUGGAAUUGGAAAGACGAGCAACCCAUACUGAGGAAAAAAGCUUUUUCUCAGGAUGUUUUUAAGGUUACUUUCAAUCCUGAAGAUGAUGAGCAGCUUACUACAGCAGGAUCAGGCCACAUCAAGUUUUGGGAAAUGGCUUAUACAUUCACUGGGCUCAAGUUGCAGGGAUCGCUAGGUCGAUUUGGGAAAACAACCACUACUGAUAUUGAAGGCUACAUCGAGCUCCCAGAUGGGAAGGUGCUCUCAGGUACAGAAUGGGGCAACCUGCUGCUUUGGGAAGGCAGCCUCAUCAAAGUGGAGCUCUGUCGAACUGGAAUGAAGUCUUGUCACCAUGGUUCCAUUAACCAGAUAAUGCUGGAUGAGGGAGAAGUUAUUACUGCUGGGUCAGAUGGGUGUAUUAGGAUAUGGGACUUCGAGACAAUCGACACUGCUGAUAUUAUAGAUGAUACUGGAUUACUGGAGAUUGAGCCUAUUAAUGAACUUCAAGUAGAUAAGAAUGUCAAUCUCUUUUCUCUGAUAAAAAUAAAUACACCUGGAUAUAACUUGUGGUUGGCUCAGGAUUCCAAUGGAGCCAUAUGGAAGCUUGACCUUAGUUUUUCCAAUAUUACCCAUGAUCCAGAAUGCCUCUUCUCCUUCCACUCUGAAGCUAUUGAAGCCGUGGCUACUUCCCCUCUCACUUACCUCAUGGCCACGACUGCCUUGGACUGUUCUGUUCGAAUCUAUGAUUUUGCUAGCAAAAAUUCUUUGGCUCAGAUGAAAUUCAAACAAGGAGGUACUGCCCUCACCUGGGUACCCCGAAUAGUAAGCUACUCUGGAGCACAAAUUGCUGUAGGAUUUGAAGAUGGGGUUGUUCGAAUUCUUGAACUUUAUGAUCCAAAAGGGCUCACAAUUUUUGCAGGACGGAAAAAAGUUCCAGAUGUCGAUAUUUAUUUGAGACAGGUUUUCAAACCCCAUACUGCUCAAGUCACUGCUUUAGCUUAUGAACGUGAUGCAGAAGUUCUAGCCACAGGGAGUAAAGAUCACACCGUCUUUUUCUUUGAAGUGGAAAAGGAUUAUAAACCAAUUGGUUUUAUCAACACCCCUGGACCUGUUUGCCAGCUAAUAUGGUCUUCAGUCUUACAUCCUGACAGUACUUUACUGAUUCUCUGUGAGAAUGGCUAUGUUCUUGAAGCUCCAUGUCCAACCAUCAAGGAAGAAGAGGACGAUCAUGAUGUAGUUUCCUAUGAAAUCAGUGAUAUGUGCUUAAAAUGUUUCCAUUUCACAAGUGUCAAAUCUAAGAUUCUGAGAUCAAUAGAAAUUGAAAAGAGAGAAAAGCAAAAGGAGUUGAAGGCACAGGAAAGGGAAGCAAGGAGGAAGAAGCUAAUAGAAGAGAUGGGAGAAGAUGCAGAAAAAGAAUUACAGGAAGAGGAGGAAGAAGAGGAAGAGGAGCCAUUGCCUGAACUCUUUAUCCCACCAAACCCCUCUCCCAUCCUCUGUGGCUUCUACUCUGAGCCAGGGAAGUUCUGGGUUUCCUUGGGUGACUAUGAUUCUGGUUUUCUAUAUCACUGUGAAUUUCCCUCAUGUGACAAAAGAAGCAAUUUCGAAGAACAGAAAGAUGAACCUUUUGAUUUUCGUUUUCUUGAGAAUACAGAAGACAAUCCCAUCCAAACUAUUACUUUCAGCUUUAGCCAAACUAUGAUGUUUUGUGGCAUGAGAAAUGGAGCAGUUAGAGUGUAUAUCCGAAGUCAUGAUGAUCAUUCACUAACCAAUUUGGACUACUACUGGCACUUUAAUAUGCAUGACAAUGAUUAUGGGUAUGUUAAAAGCAUGGCGACUAGCUUUGAUGACCGGUUCUUGAUCACGGCUGGAGCAGAUAAUAAUAUCUUUGUUUUCAAUGUUUAUUCUGAACUUGAAUUCCUGAAAAUCAUCAAAGCCAAAGUGCCAUCUCCCAAGUUUGGAAUUGAAACAGAGCCAUCCCCAGAAGAUAUUGAAGAUCCCAAAGCCUACAGUAUUGAGAAUGCUAGGAGAAAAAGAGAACAUGACAAGUUAAUGAAAGAAAUGGAAGAAUUAAAAGCUGGAAAGAGAGAACAAAUCCGUGCUUUGAGGAAUGAAUUUUGGAAACUAUUAGAAAUGAACAAAGAAUUACAGCAUAUGCAAUUUAAAAGAACAGACUUUGAUCUUGAUUCCAAAAUUCGUGCUGAUAUUGAUAGAAAAACUGUUUAUAAAAUUCACCAAGUAGAAAAGGAAUUAGCUUGGGAAAAAGAGAAACAUGAGCUCGGCUUAAUGAAGCUACAGAAUAGAUUUCGUGAUCCACUGGAAAAUGACACUAUUGUGGUUUAUGCUAUACAAACUGACCACAAGAUAUCCUCCUAUAGGCUGGUAAAGCCCUCUAAAUAUUCCAAAUAUAAACGAACAAGUCAGUCAGAGAGAAAACCAAGUAAAUUGGAGAGGUUUGAAAAAGAGGGAUCUGGAAAAAGGGAUAGCCAGAAAGAUACAGGUGAAAGUAUUAUCAUACAAGAAGAAACAAUGAUAGAAAAAGGGAAAAUAUUUCGGCCUAGAACCCUAAGUGAAAUUAUGAUAGACAAUCAAAUUGAGAAAACAAGGAAACUUAUACAAAAAGCGGAAAGAGCCCAACUAAAGAUCCAGCAGCGGAAAAAAGAAUGGGAGGAACUAUAUAAGAGUAAACCUGAUGAAGACUAUGAAGAUCCCAAAGAUGUUCAAGCCAUUAAAGAAGCCCAAGUGUAUAUGGGAGAUUUCAAUCUGAAGACAGCCCCAGACUACAAGAUACCUGAACACAUGAGAAUAAAUGCUGCCAAAAAGGAAGAGGAAUUGGGACACCUUGUUUCUUUGGUCCAUGGGAAAAAAAUGCAUAUGAACAAGUGUAUCCUCUCUCUUCGAGAUCUUAAAGUGGCUGUUAUUGAGGAAAUACAGUGCCUGGUACAAGAACUGAAGAGCAUUCAAUCGACCCUCCACAUAUCCAAGCACAUCCCAAUUCCCCAAGUCCCCCAGAUACACCCAGAAGAAGUUCCAGAAAAGAGAUUUCACUAUGAUGAGGAGAUUCUCAAAAAGUUUAAGCGACAGCGGAUGAAAAUUGAGGUGCAAAAGCGCAGCCAUAUGGAUCAGAUAGUGUCUACCAACGCAGGCAGAGGGUUCCUCAAACUCCCUUCUGGAAAGGAUGGAGAUGUGACAACACGGGACUCACUGUCUAGGUCAUCCAGGGCAUCGACAUUCAGCCUGGAACUUCCAAAGCCACCUGAGUUUGAAAAAACAGAGCCUACUGAGGUGGAGCUGGAGAUCAUGAAGAGGGACGAGAUUAAACACUUGUACACACAAGAGUACUUGACCAACAGGAUCAAAGAACUGACUGUCACUUUUGAUGCAGAACUUCGUCUCCUGAGACAUCAGAAACUGAAAUUAGACACUCAGAUGAAAUUAUCUGACCUACACCAUGUCACAUUAUUUCAAGAAAUUCUUCUUCUCAAGAAUUUUGAAAAACAGGAGAACAUACUUCAAGAACGUGUUAAUUCAUGUGACAAAGAGGAACAGGAUAUGCAGUGGAAAAUAAAUGAACUUCUUAAAGAAAUGGAAGAGCGAAAAAAUGAAAUCACCAAGCUACAAGAACAAGAAAAGGCACUCUAUGCUGGUUUCCAGGCGGCCCUUGGAGAAAACAAUAAAUUUGCUAACUUCCUCCUGAAGGUCCUAAAGAAGAAGAUUAAGCGGGUAAAGAAAAAGGAGGUUGAAGGAGAUGCUGAUGAAGAUGAGGAGAGUGAGGAAUCAAGUGAAGAUGAAUCCAGCUUGGAGAGUGAUGAGGAGGAGUCUGGCUCUGAAGAUGGUUUUGAUGAUUCUAUCUGCCCAACAAAUUGCGAUAAGGCUCUUUUCGAACUUGCCCUUCAACUUCGAGAAAAAAGGCUGGACAUUGAGGAGGCUUUAGUUGAAGAAAAGAAAACUGUUGAUAACCUCAAAAAGGAAUAUGAUACAUUGUCCAAAAAAGUAAAAAUUGUGGCAACGAAUCUGAAUGCGGCAGAGGAGGCCCUGGAGGCUUAUCAGCGAGAGAAGCAGCAGCAGCUGAACGAACUGCUGGUUGUGUUUCCACUCAAGCUCCACCAGGUAGAAUAUAUGCAAUCUGGGGAAAUACCCCAUGAUCUUUCGGGUACUCUGGUCUUCUCUAACCUCUCCUUGGGACGGCUACAAGCACGAAUCAUACAGCUCCAUGAAGAGAACAUCAAGCAGCAAAAACUGAACAAAGAAUGCCGGGAGAGGCGAAAGCGGCUCAUCCGAGAAAAGAGACAGAUGGCAAAAACCAUACGUAAAAUGGAAGAAACCGUUCGUCAACUAAUGAUUGACAAGUUUGGCCGGGUGAUAGAUCUAGAAGUCCUUCAGACGCUUUCUGUUAAUACAACACUUGAGGAACUAAAGAUCAGAAAGCUUCGAAAAGAGCUGACGAAUGCAAAGGAAAUGAAGAUGUGGGAGGCAAAGAUUGCUCAGCUGCGAUGGGAACUGAUGAUGAAGACUAAAGAACACACAAAAAAGCUUCAUCAGAUGAACGACUUGUGCAUUGAAAAGAAGCAGCUUGAUUCUCGGCUGAAUACACUACAGAACCAGCAGGGCAAUGCCUUCCAGGGUCCUCGGAAAGCAGAUAUUGUAGCAAGAGAGAAGAUCACUGAAUUGGUCCAAGCCCAGGCACAAAGGAUUGUAGACUUAAAGGAAGAGAUUGCUCUUUUGCGCAAGAAAGGAGGCCUUAUCCUCCCACCCAUUCAGCCCACACAAGAGAAUGAAAUGAGCCCCAUGAACCUUUAGGUCUGCUGUUUUCUCAAAUCCAUCCAAGAUCUCUGACAUAAUUCACCAGAACUUGUGUUUCCUUUUCACCUGCAACGGUCCUAUUAUGUUAAAAGUGAACUCAUCUAAAAAAAUCAAAAACCAGAUCCUGUCACGUAGUUUUAAUAAUUUUUCUCCAAACUGGUUAUCUUAGAGCUGUCUGCUGCACCCAACAUCUAAUUAUUAAUGAACUGAACCAUUUUAGAUAUUUAGAUCCUGCUCAAUUGAAUAUGAAAUCUCAGAAAGCUGUAUCUCAGAGUUGCCAGAAAGAGUCUGUAAUGUGUUUUGUUUCAGGAAAAUGUGUUUUUCCAAUAUUCUAAAUAUUUAGCCAUUGGCAAGAAAAACUUUUCAUUCAGUCAUUUGUGAGAAAAUUUUUUUUCCUUGGUCCUUGGAUCCUUAGAAAAUAAACUUUGCUUGUAUUAGAUAUUCUCUGAGAGAACUCAAGAGAAAAAGAAACUAUUUGCCAAUAAUAUCUUAGAAUAAGAGAAAUGUAAAUUAGAAUUUUGGCAUUGUUGACUUCAUAAAGCAGUGUUUUGAGGACUGGGGAUUCAGGCAGUACAGACAGACACAGCAAAGCUGCCCUCUUUAGUUUGCUUUGGAUUGACAGAAAGCAGAAAAGACAUCAGCUUCCUGAAUCACCUAGAGAUUCACGAACUCCUCAGUUCUGAGUGGAGCAGAGGAGCAGGUUUUUCAAAAUGGUCAAUCAGGAGGGUUUUUUUUUUUUUUUUUUUGGUAGAUUUUUUUUAGCUCCAUCAGUAUUCUAAGUAUCCCUGUACUUUCUAUGUCCUUUGCCAUCAU